AUGACUUUUUUCCAUUGGGGAGAGUUUGAUCCAAACUUAUCUGUUACUUCUUGCUUACUUUCAAGUGACUUUAUUCGUGAAAAUAAUCCAUGGUUCAUCUGGUUACUAAAUGUUUCUGUUCACGGUGUGGAGUUUGUGACCAUGAUGAUUGAAUUGUUUUUAAAUCGACAAUUAAUGAAAAUAUCAUUCAUAUUUAUAACAUUGCCUAUUCAAAUACUUUUCAUGUUUGAAGCUUUUCUUGUCUAUGAUUCACAUAAAUUUUGGGUAUAUAAUUUCCUAAAUUGGUAUAAUGAUUCUCCUGUAAAUGUAACACUUCGUUAUAUCGGCUUUUUUAUUCUCUUUAUCGCAUUUUAUUUUUUGGCAUACGGGCUUCAUGCACUUAGGGAUUUUAUUGGAAGAAAAAAGAAUAAUUCUCAAAAAACAUCUGAAAAUGUUGUAAGUAAUCCUCCAAUGAGUGCA